AUGGAGGUGAUGAACCUGAUGGAACAGCCCAUCAAGGUGACCGAGUGGCAGCAGACAUACACGUACGACUCCGGCAUCCACUCGGGCGCCAACACCUGCGUGCCCUCCGUCAGCAGCAAGGGCGUCAUGGAUGAAGACGAGACCUGCGGACGCCAGUACACGGUCAAGAAAACCACCACUUACACCCAGGGCGUGCCCCAGGGCCAAGGUGACCUGGAGUACCAGAUGUCCACCACGGCCAGAGCCAAACGGGUGCGGGAGGCCAUGUGUCCUGGAGUGAACGCCGAGGAUAGCUCACUGCUGCUGGCCACACAGGUGGAAGGCCAGGCCACCAACCUGCAGCGACUGGCCGAGCCAUCUCAGCUGCUCAAGUCAGCCAUCGUGCACCUCAUCAACUACCAAGACGAUGCCGAGCUGGCCACCCGGGCCCUGCCUGAGCUCACCAAACUGCUCAACGACGAGGACCCGGUGGUGGUGACCAAGGCAGCCAUGAUUGUCAACCAGCUGUCCAAGAAGGAGGCGUCACGCAGGGCCCUGAUGGGCUCGCCCCAACUGGUGGCGGCCGUGGUGCGUACCAUGCAGAACACCAGUGACCUGGACACGGCACGCUGCACCACCAGUAUCCUGCACAACCUCUCACACCACCGUGAAGGGCUGCUUGCCAUCUUCAAGUCAGGCGGCAUCCCUGCUCUGGUGCGCAUGCUCAGCUCCCCCGUGGAGUCGGUCCUGUUUUACGCCAUCACCACACUGCACAACCUGCUGCUAUACCAGGAGGGCGCCAAGAUGGCUGUGCGCCUGGCCGACGGGCUGCAGAAGAUGGUUCCGCUACUCAACAAGAACAACCCCAAGUUUCUGGCUAUCACCACCGACUGCCUGCAGCUUCUGGCCUAUGGCAAUCAGGAGAGCAAGCUGAUCAUCCUGGCCAAUGGAGGGCCCCAGGCCCUUGUGCAGAUCAUGCGCAACUACAGCUAUGAGAAGCUGCUCUGGACCACCAGCCGCGUGCUCAAGGUGCUGUCCGUGUGUCCCAGCAACAAGCCGGCCAUCGUGGAGGCUGGUGGGAUGCAGGCCCUGGGCAAGCACCUGACCAGCAACAGCCCCCGCCUCGUGCAGAACUGCCUGUGGACCCUGCGCAACCUCUCAGAUGUGGCCACCAAACAGGAGGGCCUGGAGGGUGUACUGAAGGUCCUGGUGAACCAGCUGAGUGUGGACGAUGUCAACGUGCUCACCUGUGCCACGGGCACGCUCUCUAACCUGACCUGCAACAACAGCAAGAACAAGACGCUGGUGACACAGAACAGCGGAGUAGAGGCCCUCAUCCACGCUAUCCUGCGUGCUGGUGACAAGGAUGACAUCACUGAGCCAGCUGUCUGCGCCUUGCGCCACCUUACCAGCCGCCACCCUGAGGCUGAGAUGGCCCAGAACUCCGUGCGCCUCAACUACGGCAUCCCGGCCAUCGUCAAGCUGCUCAACCAGCCCAACCAGUGGCCGCUGGUCAAGGCAACCAUCGGUCUGAUCAGGAAUCUGGCCCUGUGCCCAGCCAACCAUGCCCCGCUGCAGGAGGCCUCAGUCAUUCCCCGCCUUGUCCAGCUGCUGGUGAAGGCCCACCAGGAUGCCCAGCGCCAUGUGGCUGCCGGCACCCAGCAGCCCUACACGGAUGGCGUGAGGAUGGAGGAGAUUGUAGAGGGCUGUACCGGAGCCCUGCAUAUCCUUGCCCGGGACCCCAUGAACCGCAUGGAGAUCUUCCGACUCAACACCAUCCCCUUGUUCGUACAGCUGCUGUACUCAUCAGUGGAGAACAUUCAGCGUGUAGCUGCGGGUGUGCUGUGUGAGCUGGCCCAGGACAAGGAGGCGGCCGAUGCCAUUGAUGCUGAGGGGGCGUCGGCCCCUCUCAUGGAGCUGCUGCAUUCCCCCAAUGAGGGCACAGCCACCUACGCAGCCGCCGUCCUCUUCCGCAUCUCUGAGGACAAGAACCCCGAUUACCGGAAGCGCGUGUCUGUGGAGCUCACCAACUCCCUGUUCAAGCAUGACCCGGCUGCCUGGGAGGCUGCGCAGAGCAUGAUCCCUGUCAACGAGCCCUACGGGGAUGACAUGGAUGCCACCUACCGCCCCAUGUACGCGAGCGAUGUGCCCCUUGACCCACUGGAUAUGCACAUGGACAUGGAUGGGGACUACCCCAUGGACACUUACAGCGAUGGCCUCAGGCCCCCCUACCCCACUGCGGACCACAUGCUCGCCUAGCUGCCUCUGCCCGGUAUGGCACCUCCUCCGUGCGGCUCCUCGUUCGAGCGGCCACCCCAGCGGGCAAUGGGGGAGACAGAAGUGCCUGAGCCGGGGGAGCCGGGACUGCACCUGCUGAGGUCCCCCGUAGGGUCUUUCUUGGGAUGGGUUCUGCACCUGCUUUGCUGUCCUGGGUCGUGGGUUCAGGGCCCAAUGCCCCUCCCUGCCCUGUGGCCCAGCCACGAAAGCUUCACACGCAAGCCACCCGCCCACUUGGUGCCCCUAGCCGCCCAGGGCCCCAGCCAUGGGCUCUCUUUUCUUCUCUACAUUUGAUUUUUGUUAAUGAACUCAACUGACUAGCUGCCCAAAGUCAUUCAAGGCCCAGGGCCAAGGCCCCAGAUCUGGAAAUCCAAAGUUUUUCUUGCAGCAGAGUUCAAGGCUGACCCAUGUGAGAUGGAGAAGGGGGGCCCGGCUCCAGGCACUGCCUGCCUCCCUCUCCAGCAGGCUGAGCUGGCUUUUGGGGUGCUUUCCCCCUCCACGGUUGCCCACUGUGGUGUGUGGUGAGGGGUCCUCUUUUCCCUUCUUGUUUCUGGCCUCACCCCACCCCCUGCACAUGGGUGGGGAGGUUGCUGAGGGGGUCCCAGUGCAGAGUUUUAUUAUCAUCGCUUCAUGUUUUUGGUUAUUGGUUUUUUGUAUAGACCAAAGCAAAGAAAAUAAAAGUCACACAGAUAAAA